UGGAAGCCUUACAUCCACCCCGAGGGCUCGGUCUACUUCCGAUAUAAGGCAAGUGCUAAUUACUUCACAAACGAGUGGUUGUAUGACGACGAGAAGCACAAGCUCAUCGAGACGACGCUUGCCCUCUUCGAAGAUCAAGUACGCACCGAAGAGCUUGACCCCAAGGAUUGGGAGAUAUGCCUGUCAAUAUGGGUGGACAAAGACACUGAAGACACGCUUGGAUGCUACUACAUCUGCGACAUGGAGAAGAGGGAGGUCUUCUACAUCCAUGAAGUCGAGCAGUCGUUCUUCAUAGAUAGCUUGGAUGAGGUUGAGAUACAGGGGCGAGAGCACCUAGGUCGGUCCUCCGUCAUCCACAUACAUAGGGAACACGUAUUCAUGUUCCCGCAUGGCCGCGUGAUUCAAAAAGAAAUGGUUGAAGAGCUUCUCGCUGAACUCACGUGGCUGACUUUUGAUCUAGAGACUUCGAAGAGCUCGACAGCUCCAUACGGUGCCUCCGAUCUUGCGCGAUUCCAUAAUAUUAUGAAAGACAUCGAAUGCGACAGUCAGUGUUUACACUGCAGACCCCAGUAUGUUGCGACAUAUGCACGUAUACAGUCGACGAUCCACAUCGAACGCACCAUACGCUACUACGGUGAACGUUAUGCCCAGCUUGAUGUGUUUAGCAGCAUCCGUGCUGCGCCUCCUCCAAAUACGUCAAUUCUGUUCAAAAUUGCGACGUAUUUCUUCUUCUUUACUCCGGAAAUCUAUUUGGAGCGUCUGAACAAAGCAUGGGUCAACCGCAUGGUCAAUCCCCAGUACUGGAGAAAAUUCAUCGAGGACACCCAAGCAGAUUGGCAAGGCUCUAUCACUCCAACCACCGUUAUCCUCGCUGCGAACCUCAGCUUCCUUGCCAUUCAAAGUGUCGAUCAAAAUGGUGAAUCGACUCCUACGCGUUCCAUGGGCCAGAUCGUCAGCUAUCUGUCGCUGUUCCUCUCCAUGGGCAGUAUCUUCUCCAUUGCCAUUCUCGAGAGGCAACACCGACACCGCGACCAUCACCAUGCGGAAGACGCCAUGAUAUACUUGCAGCCCCGCGCGAUGACCCCACGAGGAGUCGAGAUGCUCGCGAUUAUGUUCAGCAUCCCCACGGCCUUAUUCCUCUGGGGCCUCGUCGCCUUCUUCAUCGCGAUCUCCUGGCUGUGCUUUUGGCACACCGCGCGCUCCGUCUGGAUCAUCAUCGUCUCCUUCGUCUCCGUCUUCGCCCUCCUCAUCGCUCUCGUCCUCCUCGACUCCAAGCCCUCCCAUGGCGCCGCCGCGGCCACGCCCACAGACAUCAUCCGCGCCCGCCUCGCGCGCACCGCGCGC